AUGCUGACGACAAAGAGUGAUGGUGAGAGAAACCUUGAAGGAAAGGGUUGUGUUGGUGUCGUUGAUGGUUGUGACUUCGAAUGGAUUAAUCCAACUACUGGAGUAGGCAGAGCGUUACGAUCAAAGAAAUUAUCUCCCAAGUUCGUGGGGCCGUACCAGAUCACAAGGAAGAUUGGACCAGUUGCAUACGAAAUGACUUUACCUCCACAAUUGUCCAACCUUCAUCCGGUGUUUCACGUUUCUCAACUCCGGAAAUACAUAUCGGAUCCCUCACACAUAUUGGAGCUAGAGGACGUUCGUCUUCGACAAGACCGAACGCUGGAGAUGAAGCCGGUUCGCAUUGAAGACGUUCGCACUAAGUUAUACAAAGGAAAGGACGUUCUGUUGGUGAAAGUGGUGUGGGAUGAAAAGACAAGCGACUCUACGUGGGAAGUUGAAGAUGCCAUGAAGGACUUAUACCCUCAUCUAUUCCCUGGUAAGACUUAA